ACAGGAGGCGCUGUUAGCAGCCAUCAGUGAGAAGGAUGCCAACAUCGCCCUGCUGGAGCUGUCCUCGUCCAAGAAGAAGAAGACGCAGGACGAGGUGGCCAUGCUGAAGAGAGAGAAGGACAGCCUGGUACAACAGCUCAAACAACAGACCCAGAACCGUAUGAAGCUGAUGGCCGACAACUACGAGGCUGAGCAUCUGAAGGCCUCCUCACGUUCUGAGCAGACCAAUCACAAACCCUCCCCAGACCAGAUCAUCCCUCCUCUCCUGGACCUGAACCAGAACCGCAGUAAGCUGAAGAUGUAUAUUGGUCACCUGAGAGACCUGUGUCAGGAGAGAGACCCCCAGAUCCUGCAGGACCUGACACCUCCCUCCUCCUACCACAACUCUCAACACACCGCCUGGGAGACACAGCUUCACAACAUGACCCCAGAGCAGUUGGAGUCGGAGCUGGCGUUGUGUGAGAGGGAGAGUGCAGAGCUCCAGGAGCAUGCUAACUGUGUCCUGCAGCAGAUCGCUGACCACUGCCCCGACAUCCUGGAGCAGGUGGUCAACGCCCUGGAAGAGUCCUGCUGACCUGUCAAUGUCCCCGCCAGCCACACUCUCACAACGCGUCGAGAGAGAGAGAGAGAUGCCUUUAUAUUCGCGGUCCUUCAUUUCCUGCCUUACCAGUUCUCCCAAUAUCUCUUUGGGGAUUUGUUACUGAUUUAUUAACAAUGAUUUGUCAGAUUGGUGCAACAAUCCUCUAAAUCUAAAAAUGUUUGUGGUGAGAAGGCCUUCUUGAACCGUUCAUGACGUUGAACCCUGUCUUUUUCUGAGACCUGACCACAAAACCUGUCCGUUACUAAGGUGUGGUCAACCAUGUUAUAUUAGUGUUACUCACAUACAGUUACUGCUUAGUUACUACACAGUUCCUGCUUAGUUACUGCUUAGUUACUACACAGUUACUGCUUAUUUACUGCUUAGUUACUACACAGUUACUGCUUAGUUACCACACAGUUACUGCUUAGUUACCAUACAGUUACUGCUUAGCUACUACACAGUUACUGCUUAGUUACUACACAGUUACUGCUUAUUUAAUGCUUAGUUACUACACAGUUACUGCUUAGUUACUACACAGUUACUGCUUAGUUACUACACAGUUACUGCUUAGUUACUACACAGUUACUGCUUAGUUACUACACAGUUACUGCUUAGUUACCAUACAGUUACUGCUUAUUUACUACACAGUUACUGCUUAGUUACUACACAGUUACUGCUUAGUUACUGCUUAGUUAAUACACAGUUACUGCUUAGUUACCACACAGUUACUGCUUAUUUACUGCUUAGUUACUACACAGUUACUGCUUAGUUACCACACAUUUACUGCUUAGUUACCAUACCGUUACUGCUUAGUUACUACACAGUUACUGCUUAGUUACCAUACCGUUACUGCUUAGUUACUACACAGUUACUGCUUAGUUACUACACAGUUACUGCUUAGUUACUACACAGUUACUGCUUAGUUACUACACAGUUACUGCUUAGUUACUACACAGUUACUGCUUAGUUACCAUACAGUUACUGCUUAGUUACUACACAGUUACUGCUUAGUUACUACACAGUUACUGCUUAGUUACUACACAGUUACUGCUUAGUUACCACACAGUUACUGCUUAGUUACUACACAGUUACUGCUUAGUUACUACACAGUUACUGCUUAGUUAGUUACUGUCCUAAUUGUGACUGUCCUAAUGGGAUGGGGAUAUCAUUAUGGCCAAUAUGAAGAGAAGCUAGAGACUCUGAAUCAUGGUCAUGUACCCACUACUUAGACCAUUCUAGAAUCCCUCCUACAGCUUUCUGUCCUGUCGUCCUGCAUUCCACAUGGAACCCUAUUCCCUUUAUAGAAACCUAUUCCCUUUAUAGAACCCUAUUCCCUUUAUAGAACCCUAUUCCCUUUAUAGAACCCUAUUCCCUUUAUGGAACCCUAUUCCCUUUAU